GACCACUUCCUCCUCUACCUCUCCUUUCUCUUUCUUCGCCCCAAAUUCGAUGUUACCGAUCAUUUUUUUUUUCUUAUUUCUCUUUCCUUCUCUCUUUCUUUCUUUCAAUAAUUUGCUCUAGCUCCGUAUAUAAAGUCAUGCAUCUCCUGUGAUCAUUAAUGGCGAAAUUCUUCAUCAGAACAACAAGCUAGGUUUAUUUGAAGCUCCACAGGACUGCCUUUUAAGUGCCAGUUGAGCUGGUUCUUCUCUGAACAUGACCCACCAGUUCUCUUCCAUGCGAGGAUUCUGCAACAACAACCACGACCUGUUCUUCGGCAGCCACCAGGCGGAGAUGGAGAGCAAGAACACUACUUUUGGCUGGCUUCAUCAUGAUGACAAUUAUUCACAGCAAGUUGUUCAGUACUCGAAGAACUCCAAGCUAGCGAGGGCAGCUCAGGAGCUACUGUGUGAGUUCUGCAGCCUCGCAGCAGGGGAGAGCAGUGGCCAUGAUGCCAAGAAGAACAAGAAGAAGAAGAAGAAGGGGCUCGAGGAGGAAGGAAUUAACAAUAAGGAUGCAUCAUGGAACGACCAGUCGUUUUGCAGCUCCAUGGACUUCAUGCAGCUCCAGAAGAUAAAAGCCAAGCUUUUAGCCAUGCUCGAGGAGAUCGAUAAUAGGUACACAAAGUACUGCCACCAAAUGAGGAACGUCGUGAUGCCGUUCGAGGCCGUCGCCGGCGAAGACGCUGCGAAAGUCUACUGCUCGUUGGCGUCCGAGGCCAUGUCGAGGCAUUUCCGGGGCCUCAGGGACGGCGUCGCGGGGCAGCUCCGGGCGCUGAAGAAGGCGGCUGGAGAGGACGGCUGCGUCGACCGCAAGACGUCUGUGGCAGCCGGGACGACCCUCGGAGAGACGCCGAGGCUGAAGCUGCUGGACCAGCGCAUGCGGCAACACAAGGCGCUCCGGCAGGGCUUGCUGGUGGAGCAGCCGCCAUGGCGGCCGCAGAGGGGCCUCCCCGACCGCGCCAUCGCCGUCCUCCGUGCUUGGCUCUUCGAACACUUCCUUCACCCGUACCCAAAUGAUGUCGAUAAACACAUAUUAGCAAGACAAAGUGGGUUAUCAAAAAGCCAGGUUUCCAACUGGUUCAUAAACGCAAGAGUGAGACUAUGGAAGCCAAUGAUUGAAGAAAUGUACAUGCAAGAAAUGAAGGAGCUCCAAAACCCUAAUCACCAUUCAACCCUAGAGGGCACCAUGGACUAUUGCCAAGACCCUAACUCCGACCUCACCAUCUUCGAUCAAAAGCCCGCACCACCGCGGCAACUCAUUGUCUCCGACAUGAUCAGGAUGGUGGAUGGGUUAGACUUGCACUCAAAAUAUAGUGAGCAUUCGAGGGUUGGCAAUAGUGCUGUGUCAUUGUCACUAGGGUUGCAGCAACACAGUGGAGGAGGUGUGAGCUUGUCUUUGUUGCCUCAGUCGUCAUCGUCGUCCCUUCUUGUCCUUCCUCAUCACAUUGUUGAUCAUGAAGAUCAACAGGUGCAAUUUUCCAUUCUAGAUGAGGAAGAAGGGGAGAAGCAGUUGCCAUACAUGAACUUGGUGGGAGCUCAGUUGCUACAAGAUUUGGCAAGAUAGGACUAAUGAAUGAAUCAGUUGUAAGAGUUUGACAUAUUUAAUUACUUGAUGACAAUUAUAUUUAUGAUCAAAUUAAAUUGUCUAUUAUAUUUUGCUUAAAUUUUGCAUUAGUAAUAAUUAGGCAUCGAUCGAUUUAUAUUUGUGAUAUAUAUGGAGAAAUGAUUGGUUAUGGCCUCAUGUAAUUAGCAUUUUAAUAUAAUUGGAGGGUGUUUGGUUUAAGAUUUAA